GCCACAGCAGCGGGGAGUCAGGGGGCGCAGCUCCGCCCGCCCGGCAGGUGUGAGGUGGAAAAUGCCACGCUCCUUCCUGGUGAAGAGCAAGAAGGCUCACACCUACCACCAGCCCCGCACGCCAGAGGAUGACCUGGUGUGGCCUCCCGCUGUUGCCCCUGUGGCCCGGGACCAGGCCCCUAGCGGCAGCCCCAGCACCCUGUUCCCACACCGGCACCUGGGCUGGAGCAUCACCAAACUGGAGUCGGAGCUGGACCAGGGCUUGAGCAAGAUGGCCUCGGCGCCAGAGGAGUCCACGGUGGCGUCCCAACCCCAAGACGGGAACUCCCCCCACUCGGAGUCACCCCCUUUCUACAAGCCUAGCUUCUCCUGGGAUACCCUGGCCUCGACCUACGGCCACAGCUACCCACAAGCUCCCUCCACCAUGCAGUCGGCCUUCCUGGAGCGCUCGGUCCACCUGUACGGCAGCCCCCUGGUGCCCAGCACGGAGCCCCCCUUGGACUUCAGCCUCCGCUUCUCCCCAGGCAUGGACGCCUACCACUGCGUCAAGUGCAACAAGGUCUUCUCCACCCCGCACGGGCUGGAAGUGCACGUGCGCCGCGCCCACAGCGGGACCCGGCCCUUCGCCUGCGAGGUGUGCGGCAAGACCUUCGGCCACGCCGUGAGCCUGGAGCAGCACACGCACGUCCACUCGCAGGGCACCCCGGCCGGGUCCGGUCCCGCGCCCAGCUGGGCCGCGCAGAGCCUCGAGGCCCCGCCCGCGCCUGACCCCCCGGCGGGGCCGCGUUUCCUCCGGCAGGAGCGCAGCUUCGAGUGCCGGAUGUGCGGCAAGGCCUUCAAGCGCUCGUCCACCCUGUCCACGCACCUGCUCAUCCACUCGGACACGCGGCCCUACCCCUGCCAGUUCUGCGGCAAGCGCUUCCACCAGAAGUCCGACAUGAAGAAGCACACGUACAUCCACACCGGUGAGAAGCCCCACAAGUGCCAGGUGUGCGGGAAGGCCUUCAGCCAGAGCUCCAACCUCAUCACCCACAGCCGCAAGCACACGGGCUUCAAGCCCUUCAGCUGCGAGCUGUGCGCCAAGGGCUUCCAGCGCAAGGUGGACCUGCGGCGACACCGUGAGAGUCAGCACAACCUCAAGUGACGCGGUGCCUGGCCCCUGGAGGCUGGCGUCCAGCUCCGGGGCCUCCGUUCUCACGGAGGGAUCCUCGGGACCAACGUUCCUCCUGCCACCCAGGGAGGGGACUCAGGCUUGGCCGGGGGGGGGGGGGUGUCUUCGGAGGCAGAGUUGCCUGUAGAGGCUGCUCGGGUGUCUUCCAGGAUGGAGCACCCCAGGGAGAGAGGGGGGUGCCAAGAGCCGGGAGCUGGGACUCACAGAGAACCCCUCCUCCUGCCUGCUUCUCGGGAACCUUUGAGUUUAGCUCUCCUAAAACCCGUUUCCGGC